GGCCCCCGCCUGUCGGAACUAUCCGGGGAGCCGGGCCCUGCCGCUCCCGGCCCGUCCCUAGGCCCCUCCCGAGUCUGUCACUGUCCUCUCCGCUCGCCCUGCUGCCAGGUGCCCUCUGCCCCGCCUAGGCUGUGCGCCCCGCUCCCCCCAGCCUGUCCCCAGGUGCCCCAUCUCCCCGCCCUGCUGGUAGCUGACCACUUCCCUCCCCCCCCCCCCGGCUCUGCCCUCUGCUGCCCCGCUCAGACUGUGCGCCCCGCCCUGCUGCCAGCUGCCCCCUCCCUCCCCCAGUCAGUGUGUCCUGCCCUUACUCAACCCCUGCAGUCUGCAUUUCCCUUCCCUGCCCGAGUGUGUCUGUGCCCCUGCCCGAGUGUAUUCCCUGUUCCCUCCCCACUACAGUGCCCCUGGUCCCGUCUGCGUCUCUCUCUGCCUGUGCGCCCUUCUUCUGGCCCCUCCAGAAACCACGAGGUCCUGAGCACUGGGAAGUCGCAAGACUCUGCGUGCGAGGGUGUUUGUGGCAGGAGUAACUUGCUUAGCCUGGUUCUGCUCAGCUCAGUAGAAAACCGGGACGCUGAGGCCAGUGCUGGUGAGAUGACUUCUGGGCUCAGAGCUGCGAGUUUCCCCACGUGGAAACGUCACAUUGCAGAGGAGCUGAGGCGCCGGGACCGGCUGCAGAGACAGGCCUUUGAAGAGAUCAUCCUCCAGUAUAACAAGCUGCUAGAGAAGACUGAUCUCCAUGCCGUGCUGGCUGAUAAGCUGCAAGCAGAAAAGUAUGACUUGCAAAACAGACAUGAGAUCAGUCCAGGGCAUGAUGGCACAAGGAAUGAAGCUCAAUUGCAGGAAAUGGCCCAGCUGAGGAUUAAACAUCAAGAGGAGCUGACAGAGCUGCAUAAGAAGCGUGGCGAGUUGGCCCAGUCAGUGAUUGAUUUGAAUAACCAAAUGCAGCAAAAAGACCGGGAGAUGCAGAUGAAUGAAGCAAAGAUUGCAGAAUACAUGCAAAAGAUCUCUGAGCUGGAAACAGAGUGCCAGGAACUGCGCAGCAAGCUGCAAGAACUUGAGCGAGCCAAUCAAACACUGAAGGAUGAGUAUGAUGCUCUCCAGAUCACCUUCACUGCCCUAGAAGAGAAACUGAGGAAAACUACUGAAGACAACCAAGAGCUGGUCACACGUUGGAUGGCAGAGAAGGCUCAGGAAGCUAAUCGGCUCAAUGCAGAGAAUGAGAAGGACUCGAGGAGGCGACAAGCCAAGUUGCAGAAAGAGCUAGCAGAAGCUGCCAAGGAACCGCUGCCAGUUGAACAGGAUGAUGAUAUUGAAGUGCUUGUGGAUGAAACUUCUGACCCAGCUGAAGAGACUUCCCCAGUGCGAGCUGUCAGCCGGACAUCCAGUAAGCGACUGUCCCAGCCAGCUGGAGGCCUUCUGGACUCUAUCACUAAUAUUUUUGGUCUGUCUGAGUCUUCCCUUUUGGGACAUCACUCUUCUGAUGCUGCCAGGAGGCGCUCUCUGUCCUCAUUUCCCGCUCCCCAGGAAAAUGUAGAUGUGCAUCCAGGUUCCAGUAAAGAAGUGAGAGUGCCCACUACUGCAGUGUAUGUCUUUGAUGCACAUGAUGGAGAAGUGAACGCAGUGCAAUUCAGUCCUGCUUCCCGGUUACUAGCAACAGGAGGCAUGGAUCGGAGAGUUAAACUCUGGGAAGUCUUUGGAGACAGGUGCGAGCUGAAAAGUUCUCUCUCUGGCAGUAACGCAGGGAUUACAAGUAUCGAAUUUGACAGUGCUGGCUCUUAUCUCUUAGCUGCUUCAAAUGACUUCGCCAGCAGAAUCUGGACUGUAGAUGACUAUCGAUUACGGCACACACUGACAGGCCACAGUGGGAAGGUUCUGUCAGCCAAGUUCUUGCUGGAUAAUGCACGCAUCGUGUCAGGGAGUCAUGACCGGACCCUCAAGCUCUGGGACCUGCGCAGCAAAGUUUGUAUAAAAACAGUAUUUGCAGGAUCAAGCUGCAAUGAUAUAGUGUGCACAGAGCAGUGUGUGAUGAGUGGACAUUUUGACAAGAAGAUUCGCUUCUGGGACAUCAGGACUGAGAGCAUAGUGCAGGAGCUGGAACUGUUUGGGAGGAUCACUGCUUUAGACCUGAACCCAGAGAGAACAGAGCUCUUGACCUGUUCCCGAGAUGAUCUGCUGAAGAUAAUUGAUUUGCGAGUCAAUGCUGUCAAACAGACUUUCAGUGCCCAGGGAUUCAAAUGCGGAUCUGACUGGACCAGAGUCGUGUUCAGCCCUGACGGUAGCUAUGUGGCAGGUGGUUCAGCUGAUGGGGUCCUGUACAUCUGGAAUGUGCUCACUGGGAAAGUGGAGAGAACUCUUGCAAAGCAUCACAGCUCCUCUAUCAAUGCAGUGGCAUGGUCACCAGCCGGUGCCCAUGUGGUCAGUGUGGACAAAGGAAACAAGGCUGUCCUGUGGUCUGAAUUUUGAUUGGAAGGAGAUGAAAGACAGUUUCAAAUGUCUCUCACUGGGAGGAUGCCGGUCCAGGGCUGGACAGAAUGGAGGCCCAAGGCUAGAUUCAUCCUUCAUGCAUUUGGGCUUCAUCCAAUGGGCUUCGCUUCUCAGAGGAGAGCUCUAAUGAGGCAAUCAAGGACGAGGAGCUGGAGGCGUAGAGCCCUUUACUGCCUAUAAGCGUGUUGCUGGCCCUCAGGCUCAGCAAAGGGUCAGCUGAUUUGGAUGGCGAAUACUACUAGUCAUGCCUUGACAUGCAGUUUCUAUGCACUGGAUGGAGCCGAAGGUACUAGCCAGAUUCCCUCACUGGACAGCUGUGCCAAAUACCCUAUUAUACAAAUGUAUGUACAGCACUUCUGACUUGGACGUGUUGGAAAGGCGUUUACCAUGUAUUCUGACCUAAUGCAUGUCCUGUUUCCUGUGUUCUGUUCCCAUGGAGUAGCUUAGGCAUGGGCUAUGGGCAUUCUGAAACAUGGACAGAGUGGGUCCUAGUCAGUCUAUAAAGUGAUGGAACAGCUGUAAACUAAUUUAAAUGUUUCUGUUGCUCUGGCAGUUCUGCCCCCUGUGGUGUUGGCUGAGUUUGGGGCUUCUCCAAUUCUGACAUGGUCUCUCUGGCAGUUUGUAAUCUGAGAACUCCCUGCAUCAUUUUGAUCUGUAUUUCAGGGAACUGUCCAUUCUUCAGGGAUGAUGCAUCUUUGUUAAAACUCCCUCCAAUAGCUCCUGUAGCAGAAGUACCAAAAAGUGGGGAAAGGAGAAUUUUAAUUCGAACCAAUCUAUUUCCUUUUUGUUGGCGCGAGGGGAAGGGGA